AUGACGCGCACAGUCCUGCUCACCGGCUGCUCAGACGGCAGUCUAGGGUCCGCCCUGGCGCUGGCCUUCCACAAAGCUGGGCUGAAAGUGUAUGCGACAGCACGGAAUCCCCAGAAGCUGACGAAGAUGGAAGAGGCCGGAAUCGAGACCAAAAUACUCGACGUUCUGGACAGCGCCUCGAUCGCCGCCUGUGUCUCGGCGAUACCGCAACUCGACAUCCUCUUCAACAACGCUGGCGGCGGCUACUCAACUCCAUAUGCGGACAUAGACAUCGCCAAAGCCAAGGAACUCUUCGAUCUGAACACCUGGUCGUACGUCGCAGUGACGCAAGCAUUCUUACCGCUCCUGCUCGAAUCGAAAGGUAUAGUCGUUAAUAACACGUCCGUCGUCUCUGCAGGCAAUAUGCCAUUUGGCUCGGCUUAUAACGCUUCGAAGGCGGCAACAGCAAUGUUCAGCGACACUGCUCGUCUUGAACUCGAGCCUUUCGGCGUCCGCGUAAUCGAUCUCAAAACCGCAUCCACAGCGUCGAAUUUCGCACAAACCCAUAUGGCGCCAGCCAAGGUCAAAGAGAGCUCAAUUUACUAUCCAGCGAGAGUCCCGGUCGAGAAGGCGAUGCGAUCUGUAGCUGACGACACUCACCUUCUUGGUGCCGCAGACAAAUAUGCCGAGCAGGUCGUCAAAGGAGUGAUGAAGCCCGCCCCGAGCAAGACGCUGUGGCUAGGGAAGGGCGCUUCUGUUGUGCAUAUAAUGCAACACUUGCCUUGGUGGGCCACCGAUUAUGUUUGGCGGCAGAUCGCGCAGAUGAGCCUCGUCAGGCGCGACCUUGCUGGGAAGCAGAAGUAG